GCCCGGAGCGGAAGUAUAUCCGGCCGGGGGGCGGGGUGGUCGUGCGCGGAGCUUCUCCGGCCUGGCGGCGAGGCUACGCUGGCUAACGGCCCGGGGACGCGGUUCAGCGGCGAGCUUGGCCCGACUCUUCUGGCGGCAGGCGGCAGGUCUGGGGGAGACCCGGGGGCCCGGUGACCUUCGCAUCGUGAGCGUCCCGCCCGGCCCUCCCCGUGGAGGCCUCGCGGGGGGCGUCCUGAGCGCGCAGCGGAGAUGUCCAACCCCUUCCUGAAGCAGGUCUUCAACAAGGACAAGACCUUCCGGCCCAAGCGCAAGUUCGAGCCGGGCACCCAGCGUUUCGAGCUGCACAAGAAGGCGCAGGCAUCGCUGAAUGCGGGGCUAGACCUGAAGCUGGCCGUGCAGCUGCCCGCCGGCGAGGAGCUCAACGACUGGGUGGCCGUGCACGUGGUCGACUUCUUCAACCGCGUCAACCUCAUCUACGGCACCAUCAGUGACGGCUGCACCGAGCGCUCCUGCCCCGUCAUGUCAGGCGGCCCCAAGUAUGAGUACCGCUGGCAGGACGAGCACAGGUUCCGGCGGCCCACGGCACUGUCGGCCCCCCGGUACAUGGACCUGCUCAUGGACUGGAUCGAGGUGCAGAUCAACAAUGAGGACGUCUUCCCCACCAACGUCGGCACGCCGUUCCCCAAGAACUUCCUGCAGGUGGUGAAGAAGAUCCUGUCGCGGCUCUUCCGCGUGUUCGUGCACGUCUACAUCCACCACUUCGACCGCAUCGCGCAGCUGGGCUCGGAGGCGCACGUCAACACCUGCUAUAAGCACUUCUACUACUUCGUCACGGAGUUUGGCCUCAUCGACACCAAGGAGCUGGAGCCGCUGAAAGAAAUGACCGCACGGAUGUGCCACUGAGAGCCCCUUGGCCCCGUAGUCACCGAGUCCGCGCCUGGGGAACAGUCCUACUUGAGGGCCACGUCUCCAGAACAGGGACCGGUAUUUUCUAGCCCAGCAAAUUCUGUGCUGUCUGGGCUGCGUCCUCUCUCCGAUCCCAAGGUGGCAGCACCCAUGGGUCUGAGCCUCCCUGAGCCCCAGUCUCCUCGGCCAGCAUGGGGGAGAUAAGAUAGAACUUGAACUCUGUGAUUCCACGUGUUGUGAGCAACCGGGAAAACCCACUUCAUUUGCAGACCGCUUGCACCUGCCCAGAGGCUGGCCCCACUCGGGUCCGUCUCCUGCACCAGCCCGCCUGCUCGGCCGUGGGUGGUCAGGCCCCCAUGAGCGAGGCUGAGACCCCGCAGUGCCCCCCUCUGCGGCCCAGGCCUGGUUCCGAGUGGUACGAGCGCUCGGCUUGCAUCCUCCCGGCGUCCUCCCCCCAAGCCACUUCCGUCCCACUGUUUCUCCGGGACCCUUAGGCUCCUGUGCCAGCUUCCCGAGCCCACGCCCACAUCCCAGGUGUCCUGGGGCCCCUUCACGUCGCAUAAAAGAUUGAAUUCGUCUAGUUGCAUUUACGACCACUAUGAGCUGUUACCGGAAUAAAAAAGUUUUUUACCUACAAGGAGUGAUCCCCCUCCCCUCUAGAAAAAUGUCCCCUUUCCGUCGUGAAUAGCAGUACGAUUCUGCCAGGGCACGCCUCUCCCUGGUUUGGGACCUUUGAGUUUUGCCGAAUGUUUAGCCAGACUUAGCCUUGCUUCACACGCCUGCCAGCUUCAUAUCGAAACCCUUUGUCAGCGUGGCCCUCCGUGGCUCCAGGACCAAAUCCCAGCACCGUCUCCCCGCAGAAGCUUGGGGGCCCCGCCCGCUCACGCCCCAUCCGCGCACAGCAUCCUCCGUGGCCUUUCGCCGUGGCGGUCCUGCCCACCUGGACCACACCAGCUCUGAGUACCUCUGGGUUUCUGGGACGCUCGCUCGGAGACAGGGCCACCACCCGACACCAACACCCAACAAGUGCAAUUAACACGACCUGGGCCUCGGUCCUUCCAGAAGUUGCUGGGGUCCUGCUCCCGGAGUCCUGGAAAGACUGCAGGAAACCGCCCGGUCGCGUGUAGCUCCUCUUAAAUGCAGAACCGAACCACGACCAAACGCCGUAACCACUGUGCCACUCAGGUCACCAGCCAGGUUGGAAAGGUGGCGGGGCUGGAGGGGGGGGGCUCCCCUGCCCACCCUCCCGUGCCCAUGGGUGUUCCCACAGGACCAUCAGAAUAAAUCACGUGUCUCCUUACCUGCA